AAAAAAAAAAAAAAAAAAAAAAAAAAGAAGAUCUAUUAAAACUGGAUGAUAUUGAUGACAUUUUUGUACCUUCAGUCUGGAACAUCCGAGUUUUUAGAAACUAUGUCCGGUGACAAAGCAGAUAUGGAUCUCAUUGGAAAGUUUGGUGUCGGCUUCUACUCAGUCUUCUUGGUUGCUGACAAGGUCCGUGUCACCAGCAAAAAUAAUAAUGAUGAUCAGUAUAUUUGGGAAUCGACUGCUGUCGAUGAUUUUACUAUUGCCAAGGACCCUGCUGGUAACACUCUCGGCCGUGGUACACAGAUUGCCAUUCAUCUCAAAGAAGAUCAGGAUCAGUACCUGGAAGAUAAACGCAUCAAGGAUCUUGUUACAAAGUACUCUGAAUUUAUCAAUUUCCCUAUCUAUCUCCGUCGAACAGUAUCCAAGGCCGUCGAGCCAGAAAAACCCGCUGAAGCCAAGGAGACUGAGAAUAAAAAAGUCGAUAUUGAUGACGAAGAGGCUCAAGUCGAGGAUGUCAAAGAUGAAGAGACAAAGGACAAGCCCGCUCCUGUUACUGUCACAUAUGAUGAGGAUGAGCUCAUGAACACCAAUAAGCCUAUCUGGGUUCGUGAUCCCAAGACAGUCACGACGAAAGAGUAUGAGGACUUUUAUCCUGUCCUGACGCGUGAACAUGGUUCCAAGGCCAUGGCUUACACUCACUUUAAAGCCGAGGGCGAUGUUGAGUUCAAAGCCAUUAUGUACGUUCCUGAUAAGGCACCUAAAGAUCUCUUCCACAUGGACUCUCGUCAUAAUAAUGUCAAGCUCUAUGUCAAGCGGGUCUUUAUCACAGAUGAGUCAAAGGAAUUCUUACCCCAAUGGUUGUCGUUCUUGAAGGUGCUUGUCGACGCCGAAGAUGCACCUUUAAACGUCUCACGUGAAACCGUACAAUCCAAUAAAAGUAUCCAGUCGAUCAGGAAGCAUCUAGUCAAGAAGUUCUUUGAUAUGCUCAAGAGCUUAUCACAGGAUGAGGAAAAGUACACUAAAUUCAUCCAGGAAUUUGGCACCAGCCUUAAACUCGGUACUAUGGAGGACAGAGACAACGUAAAAAAGAUUGCUCGAUUCUUGAGAUACCGUUCCUCGAAUUCUGACAAAUACACGUCAUUCGAGUCGUAUGUUUCUCGCAUGAAGAAGGGCCAGAAAUCGAUUUAUUACGUGAUCGGCGGCAGCGUGGAUGAGAUUAAACAAUCUCCUUUUGUGGAAGCUCUUCUUGCUCGUGGGUAUGAAGUUUUGUACAUGGUGGAGCCUGUAGAUGAAGUCGUACUCACACAGUUGGGUAACUUUGAGGGAAAGACUUUCCAAAAUGUGGCCAAAUCAGAGUUGAACCUCAAUGAUGAGGAUGAUGCGGAGGCACUAAAGGAGCUUGAAACAAAAUUCUUGCCAUUGCUGGACUGGAUGCAGGCCGCAUUGAUCAAUGAAAUCGAGAAGGUACGCGUCUCCAAGCGUUUGACGACUUCACCAGCUGCCUUGGUUGCAAACGACUUUGGCUGGACUGCCAACAUGGAACGCCUGAUGGAAAGCCAGGCAAAGCAUACCGACAACCCUAUGCAUAUGUUCGCUAAAAACCAGAAGAAGAUUCUGGAAAUCAACCCCGGUCAUCCACUCAUUCAGAGCAUGCUCGAGCGAGCUAGCAAGGAUCCUAAGGGCUUUGAGAAUGAUAAACAAUUCCAAGAUAUUACAAAAAUCCUUUACGAGAUGACAUUGGUCCGCAGUGGAUACGCUCUGAAGGAGGGUGUCAAAAACUUUGCUGGUCGUGUCGAAAACAUGUUGCGUAUUAGCUUGAAUGUUGAUUUGAACGCUGAGGCCACGUUUGAAGCGCCUCAAGCUGAAGACAGGGACGAAGAAGAGAUUAAGGCAGAGAUUGAACAGCGUGAGGACAUCCUGAAGGCUGAUGAACUUAAACCAGGAACGAUGUCAGCAGAAGAGCUUAACAAGAUGCUUAAAGAAUUCACUGACAGCACAAAUCCACCCAGGGCCGGUUAUGAUGCAAAUAAGGAUGGAGAGAUAGUCGAGGAAAUUAUCGCCAAAAAUGAGGAAGAGCUGGACUCUGAGGACUCUGAGGGGAUCAAAGCGGUGCAUGAUGAACUUUAAACCCCUACGAAGCCAUAAUGCCAAUAGUAAUAAGAAAUAAAAGUAUAUAAAUAUAAAGUACAGUUUUCCGGACGAUACACAGUGG